GUAAAAGAUUCACUAUUAAUUAGCCCAUUACCUUUCAGCUCCAAUGGCGAUUCCUCCAUCAUAUGUAGACCUUGGCAAAUCUGCCAGAGAUAUCUUCAAUAAAGGAUAUGGUUUUGGGCUGGUGAAACUGGAUGUGAAAACAAAAUCUGCAAGCGGAGUGGAAUUCACAACAUCUGGUUCAUCGAACACAGACACUGGAAAAGUGAAUGGGAGCUUGGAGACCAAAUACAAGUGGGCUGAGUAUGGGCUGACUUUCACAGAAAAAUGGAACACAGAUAACACUCUGGGAACAGAAAUUGCAAUUGAAGAUCAGAUUGCCAGGGGCUUGAAGCUGACAUUUGACACAACUUUCUCACCAAAUACAGGAAAGAAAAGUGGUAAAAUUAAGUCAGCUUAUAAACGUGAAUGCCUAAACCUAGGUUGUGAUGUUGACUUUGAUUUUGCUGGACCUGCAAUCCAUGGUUCAGCUGUCUUUGGUUAUGAAGGCUGGCUUGCUGGUUAUCAGAUGACUUUUGAUAGUGCCAAAUCAAAAUUGACAAGAAAUAACUUCUCUGUGGGUUACAAGACUGGAGACUUCCAACUGCACACUAACGUCAAUGAUGGUUCAGAAUUUGGUGGGUCAAUUUACCAGAAAGUGAGUGACAAUCUUGAAACUGCUGUAAACCUGGCUUGGACAGCAGGUAGCAACAGCACUCGCUUUGGCAUUGCUGCCAAAUACAAGUUGGAUUCCACUGCUUCUAUCUCUGCAAAAGUGAACAAUUCUAGUCUAGUUGGAGUGGGUUACACUCAGACUCUGAGGCCAGGUGUGAAGCUUACACUGUCUGCCCUGAUAGAUGGAAAGAGCAUCAAUGCUGGUGGCCAUAAACUUGGUCUUGGCCUGGAAUUGGAGGCUUAAAAAGGCAAAGAAACUGCUGCAGAGAAGGGAUGUCAGAAGAAUUUGGCCUUAAAAUGUAUUUCCAAUGUGACCAGCAGGCUUUUUUUUUCCAAGAAGGAUGACCUAGAACAAGAGCUGUAUUUGAAGUAUUUAGACAGUUACUUGUUAGCUGGUUUCUAGUUAAAUUGGUUACCCAUCUAGUUAAAAUUCUGCAUUAGUGCAGUCACUUAAACAUUAUUUAAAUGUAUUUAACUGUUUAAUGCGCUACCCACGAAUAAUGAAAUAGACAUUUAUGAAAACUGUACAAUUGUGUGCAUGUUUGUUUUUAUGUUCCUUUUAACAUUCGAUAUUGCCAUUGAAUGACAAAUGGAUCAGUGGAUGUUUUGAAAUGAGGUCAACGGUUCUCUUAAAUCACCUGAAGCAGAAAUACAUUUGGUAUCCCAAGGCAAAUUAUGAAGAAAACAAAUACACA